CGGCACCAGCUCAAGAACCUAAGACUGACACAUCGGCGAUUUUCCAACAUGGACUGCAUCAAUGCUUUACUAUUUGACUCCGUCCAGUUUGAGGCCUCACGCGCAGGAUUACUUAACCUUGAAAAAUGCGAUAUGUCACGUAUUGCAAGCUUCGUAUCUAUUAUUACCUUCAUGAAUCCUCCAAGCUGGAAACUUCCUUUCGAGACUCUUGAGCAGAUCUUAAUUGAGACUAUACCUAAAGGCGAACCUCCGGUAACAGAGUCGCAGCUGGCUAGUGCAUAUGCCUCAUAUAUACGCCAUGCAAGAGACUCACAGUUCUCGCUCGAAGACCCAGAAAGUGAGCUUCGAAGCUUAUGGACGAAAACUCUCAAGCUUCUUGGCAGAAAUUUGCGGGAUGUUCGUCGCCUAAGCCUCCGGUGCGAUGAGUUGUGCCAGGUCGACUAUACCACCUACCUUCGCAAGGCAGAUGAAGGAAUAUCCUAUCAGCUUGGCCCUCAUCACCAUGCAGACAGGGUUGUCGAGUAUGGCUGUCGAUAUGCCGCUGCCAUUGCUGGUGACCAGCUAUUUUCGACAGUCAUAUCAUGUCUAUCAGCUUCUGGUAUUGCUCUUGAGUUCGGUCCAGAUAUCCCGCACGAUGAAGAUCAUUGGGCUAGCAAGAGUGUGCUCAAGGCUCUGCCGUGUCCGAAAGUGGAAGAAAUCGAGUCACAUGCUUCCAGGAUUGUCCAUGAGUUGGUCAAUAAGUCUCGAACAACACUCAAAAGACUUGUUCUCGACGGAAGUGGCGUCUUGGACUGGCCUACCCAGCCGCCGGUUGCCUCUUUGCCAGCCCUUGAAAGUUUUAACCAUUCUUUCGAUGCCGUCAAUCCCAUUGUAAUGAGCUCAUGGCUGAAGAAUAUGCCAAACCUGCGAUACCUCAAACUUGGCGGUAUACGACUAUCCAGAGGACUUCUAUUCGUCGAAUGGCGCCAUAUAUUCGAUGCUGUUCGAGACCAUCGGAGUGUUGGAGGUCCAAACCCAAAAGGUCUCUCCGUAGAGUUUGAAUCUAUCAAGUCAGCUCAUUGGACUAGGAUGACAUAUAGAGGGGUGAUUUGCCAGGAUAGCACUAUUGCUACAGGAAGGCAUACUCAUUGCACUGAUCCUGAGGGCCUGAUGGAUGAGAACUACUCUUUAGAGAAGCAUUUUUACAACGAAAUGCGAUUCAAGGACAACCAUGGGUUACGAUACUUGAUGAACGAUUGGGAUGUUGGUAUGGUGGAAACUGAUUCAGAAGAGGAUGAGGAAGGAGGUGAGAGUGAAAAUUGGGAUGAGGACAGUGAAGAGGAGAAAGAAUGAAGUGAUGCAUAAACAGCAGAGUUUACAAAGGGCAGAGGUAGAGGAUAAGUAAAAUAGUACAGACUCAGAACUUAAAAAGGUUUAUAAAGUACUAGCUCUUCC